AUGACAGUUAGCAAAGAAAUAUGUCAGAAACUGCCAGAACAACCAAAACAAACAGAACAUGUGCUACAAAAUGAUAACAAAAUACAAGACAUGAGUCAUGUGACUAAAGUAGCAGGAAUAAAUCUUGAUAAUGAGAAAGCAGAGCAACUAAAAGCAGAAAUUGAAGCUAAUAGUAGCUUUCCAAAUAAUAAAAAAACAGAACAACCAAGAACAGAAAUUGAAAUGAAUAGUAGUGCUAAAAGCACUCAAUUUAUGCUUUCAGAGAAAACAAUACAAAAGGAAAUUGCAUUAAAUACACAAGAAAUAUGGCAAAAAAAUCAUUAUAUAAUGAUAUACCAAUGGUUACAAUGUUGA